UAGUUACCACCUUAAAGAUGAGUAAUUAGGUUUAUGUAGAAUUGACUAAAAUAAUCUAAGUAGAAAGAUAUCGCGAGAGAGUAGCUGUCAAUAAUCAACUAAAUCAAAUUCUGUCAAGGCUAUGAUAUCUCGGGAAAGUGUUUCAUAAGUAUAUGUUUAAACCCUAUUAAAAGAAACUAAUAUUCUGGUUAAAUGAGGAAAUGACAUUUUGGACUCCACGAACAUGAAAAAAAAAAAAAAAAAAAAGGAAUUAGAUCUAUUAACAUGCAAAAAAAUAGGAAUUAGAGAGCUAUUAACAUUACUAUCAUUUUUUAACCAAAAUUAAACAACAUAAAAUUACAAUAUUACCCUAAAAUUUGCACAAUCUAUGCUUGAUUUCUUUGAGGUCCAUACCCCUUAUUGUCCCCUUCAUUUCAUUUCUUGUUCUCGUUCCCUAAUUUUCAUUUUCAAUGGCAAUUCAAAUAAUACCUCUCCAACCGUUAAUACCCUACAAAUUCCAACCUUCCCUCCAAUUCCAAGUACCCAAUUCCUCAACCUUGUUUAAUCUUCAAAAUAAAAUCACCAAUUUCUCAACUUCUUCUCUGCAAAUAUCAUGUAAAUCCCUUAAUUUUAAUGGUGCUACAAUAAGAGGGUCAGUGCCCUUGAGCAAUGAAAUUCCCCCAAAUGCCCUUCGUAGAAAACAAGACCCACUUUGGAGAGGAGGUUUCAGCUUAGGGGUAGAUUUGGGAUUGUCUAAUACUGGCCUUGCCAUUAGCAAAGGCUUCUCCUUUCGACCUUUAUCUGUGUUGAAUUUAAGAGGGCAGAAGCUUGAGCUUCAACUUAUUGAUAUUGCAGAAAAAGAGGAAGUAGAUGAAUUUAUAAUUGGAUUGCCAAAGUCAAGUGAUGGCAAUGAGACCCCUCAAUCCAACAAAGUUCGUAGUGUUGCUGGAAGGUUAGCUGUCAGGGCUGCUGAGAGGGGCUGGAGGGUUUAUCUGCAGGAUGAAUAUGGCACAUCAGUCGAAGCAAUGGAUCGAAUGAUCAACCUGGGUGUCAACAAGUCUGCACGUCAUGGAAAAAUCGAUGCUUAUGCUGCAAUGAUGGUGUUGGAGAGAUAUUUCACCAAGUCUGGUGAAGGAACUGAACUUGUAUGGCCAAAGCAAUUGGAAUUACAAGAAAAGAUUCGGAAGGGUCCGCCAGAAGAUGAUGAUGGUUUUUUCUUUUGAAAUGUAGCAUAUUGUGAAGCACUCCCACAACUUAAAUACACACACCGGCCAGUUUAUGUGAACAGACUCAUACUGCCUUGAAGGCGGAAAGCAGAAUAGAGGUAUAUCUACAAAUUCAGAUUCAUUUGUUAUGUAUAUUUUAGACAAGAAAGAUUGAUAUCCUGCAUAAACGAGUUUUCUGUAUAAUCUUGUGCAUUUUUUCAUUUGAGCGUUGUCCACUGCUUUUGUAUGUGAUUUUAGUAUGCAAUUGGUUCAUUUCUAUACUUCUAUGGACUAAUGCUUGUAAUUUUAUGCCUACUAAUAUUCGCAUAAAUUGAUCCAUGUAACUGUAUUAACGAAACAUGUGACGUAUUACUU